CAGAGAGACUGAAAGCACAAGUGUGUAGCCCAUGCUUUAAAAAGGCCUUUUUGUCGCAGUAAUGCAGUUCCCCUAAAAAAAAAAAAAAAAGAAAAAAGAAACAACAACCGGGAAUGUUUGAAAAUGAAGGGAUUGCGAAUGUUUGCCGUGAUGUCUAACCCCUCCCAGUUAAAGUGGGCAGAUUGGCGUGUAUGGAGAAGGGAGGGUGGUGGGAGGGGGUGCUGUCUAGAGUGUAGCGCGCGCUCCGGUGCAUAAGCGACGGGCAGCACGCGCCGUAUCGCUGACCUUGGUGCUGAAAGCGGUUUCCGUGCAGCAGAUAAGACAAACCGGUCCUUUAUCUGCUCGCUCAUUGUAUUUGUCGUCUGUGUAGAUUUCCGUUGAUUAGAUUUGUUUUUUCUUAAACUUUUUUCCCCCCCCCAAUCUAAUUAAAAGCAGUCGUCGGGUUUGACGUGAACAUCAAAUGUAUUGGCUCGCACCGGGAUGGCAGUGACACCGCUCACGGUGCGGAAGAAGAGCGAGCUUAUCUUUCCGCACACAGAGAGCCACUCCACUUCUGACUUCUCCUGUCAUAUAUAGGUGUUUUUUCUCUUUUCACUUUUCGUGUCUGAGGACUAUUUGUGUUUCUUUAGCUAUCUGUCCGACUCAAUCACAGAUCUGCUGGGUGUCUGUCCGGUAUGUCCGACCAGCUCGUCCGUGACAUGAUACUUUAACACGAGCGAAAAGAAAACGAGGGAUUAUCAUAUUUGGACAUGGAUACUCCGAAGGAGCCCGGUUUUGUGCCCAGCAAAGAGGCUUUCAAGCAACUAGCAGGGAAGACGCUGGGUCAUAUGUACAAGGUGUUGGAGAAGAGGCAGAAAACUGGGGAAAAUAUUGAAUUAACGGAAGAUGGCCGACCGGCGCAGAGCAGUGAGAGAAAGGCGCCCUUAUGUGACUGCACGUGCUUCGGCCUCCCGCGCCGCUACAUCAUCGCCAUCAUGAGCGGCCUCGGCUUUUGCAUCUCUUUCGGGAUUCGGUGCAAUUUGGGCGUGGCCAUCGUGAGCAUGGUGAACAACAGCACCAUUCACCAGAACGGCAAAAUCAUCAUCAAAGAGAAAGCUAAGUUUAACUGGGACCCGGAGACAGUGGGAAUGAUCCACGGCUCAUUUUUCUGGGGUUAUAUAGUGACCCAGAUCCCAGGAGGGUACAUAUCAUCUCGAUUAGCAGCCAACAGAGUGUUCGGGGCUGCCAUCGUUCUCACCUCCACCCUCAACAUGUUCAUCCCGUCAGCCGCGCGCGUGCACUACGGCUGCGUCAUAUUCGUCAGGAUAUUACAGGGGCUCGUGGAGGGAGUGACAUACCCAGCAUGCCAUGGGAUUUGGAGUAAAUGGGCCCCGCCUCUGGAAAGGAGUCGCUUGGCCACCACCUCCUUUUGUGGAUCCUACGCUGGUGCAGUCGUGGCCAUGCCUCUGGCUGGGAUCCUGGUGCAGUACACUGGCUGGUCCUCUGUCUUCUACGUCUAUGGGAGUUUUGGCAUUGUGUGGUACAUGUUCUGGAUCUUGGUGUCCUAUGAGAGUCCUGCUGAGCAUCCUACAAUCACGGACGAGGAGCGCUGCUACAUAGAGGAAAGCAUUGGAGAGAGUGCCAAGCUGCUGGGCCCUGCUGAGAAAUUCAAGACACCCUGGAGGAAGUUCUUCACCUCAAUGCCUGUCUAUGCAAUCAUCGUGGCCAACUUCUGCAGAAGCUGGACCUUCUACCUGCUGCUCAUCAGCCAGCCAGCAUAUUUCGAGGAAGUGUUUGGCUUUGAGAUCAGCAAGGUUGGCAUGCUGUCAGCCCUUCCUCAUCUGGUGAUGACCAUCAUCGUGCCCAUUGGAGGGCAGAUAGCGGAUUUCCUGCGCAGUAAGAACAUCAUGUCUACUACCAACGUCAGAAAGAUCAUGAAUUGUGGAGGCUUCGGUAUGGAGGCUACUCUGCUGCUAAUAGUAGGAUACUCUCACAGUAAAGGCAUGGCCAUCUCAUUCCUAGUGCUAGCUGUGGGCUUUAGUGGAUUUGCUAUAUCAGGCUUCAAUGUCAAUCACUUAGACAUUGCUCCGCGUUAUGCCAGUAUUCUCAUGGGCAUCUCAAACGGAGUGGGGACCCUGUCAGGCAUGGUGUGCCCUCUGAUUGUCGGUGCUAUGACCAAAAAUAAGUCCAGAGAAGAGUGGCAGUAUGUGUUCCUCAUUGCCUCACUGGUACAUUAUGGUGGUGUGAUCUUCUACGGCCUCUUUGCUUCGGGUGAGAAACAGCCAUGGGCUGAUCCAGAGCAGACCAGCGAAGAGAAAUGUGGCUUCAUCGAUGAGGAUGAGCUGGCUGAGGAGACCGGAGACAUCACACAAAACUAUGGAGCUCUGGGUGCCCCGGCCAAAACGUAUGGAGCCACCUCACAGAUGAAUGGAGGAUGGCCUGACGGAUGGGAGAAAAGAGAAGAAUAUGUACAAGAAGGAGCAGAAGAGGGAGGGUAUGGAUACAGGCAGGGCAGGGAGUACUCCUAGACAACACACACAAAGCCACACAGACAAAGCACAUAAAUACAAUCACAUGCACACAUCCACAUGGUAGACGUAUUUUGUAGUGAUUGUGAGUUCAAAAAAAAAAUUGCAAAAUUAAUUAUGAAGAUGUAAAAUAAUACACAUUGUUGUAUGUUUGCACAAAGGAAAAAAAUCAAUAUAAAAUAAUUCAAGCUGUUAAAAUAGAUAAAAAUAUAUAUAGAUAUAUAUGACUAAAAUUAUAGAAAGAUGUAAUACAUAUCAAAUUGGCAGAUCGUAAUUGUAAAUUGUCUAUGUAAAAAAAAAAGAAAAACAAGUGAAUAUAUUUCAAGUGCAAUCUUGUGUAAUGUUGUGAAAAUAAUAUUUGCACCUCAACAUUCUAUAGGUUUAGUUUAGUUGCAGGUGUUGAGAACCACCACACCUCAUAAUGGCUCGAAUAAGAAAUGCACAUAGAGCCAAACCAGCGACAGAAAACCCUGUAACCUGAACAAAUGUACUGGUUUUUCGUUGUUUCUUUUGCUGAUUGCACUUCGAGAAUCAUACUGUGUCACUGCACAAAACCAUGAGCCUGUUUUUUUCCAUGAUGUGUUACUCUUUCAUUGUAGAUGGAGUUUUUUCUGUGAGACUUAAGAGGAUUUGGGUCUUUGACACUGUAUUUAAGAGCACAGCGUUAAAAAAAAGAAACACAGAUGUAAAAAAAUAAUCAUGAUGUCUUUGCCUGGUUUGGGAUAAUUUUUUUUUUUUCAGAAGUUUUAGGGCUAAGAAAAUUUUGUGGAGUGUUUAGGGCUUAGCAAAAUAUUUAGUGUAUUAGAGAGGUUUGUCAAGCAGGAGUAAAAUUGUUAAUCAGAAAAAAAAA